AUGGACCAGACCUCGACUUCGCAACCGUUCGUUCCCCUCUUCGACCCCCUUCCCUCCUCAAGAUCCUCCGCUUCCUCCAUCUGGGCUCCUCAACCGCAGCCCUCGGAUGUCGCCUGGUCAAAAGCCAUCGACUCGUUCACUAGAGUCAACUUUGGUGGCGGCGCACCCGGAGCCCUCCGUUCGGACCCUCAUUGUUCGUCCUCCUUCCCGGCGCCCAACGCUGGUGAAGACGUCUUUGGGCCCGUUGGCCUGGACGGCCAACGGCGCCAGUGCGUCGGCGCGAUCGGUGAUGGCCGAAAGAGGACUUCGCCCACCUACGAUGAGCUCCGCGUCGAGCAGCUGCUUCGUUCGCUGAACCUCAACUCUCCUGCCCCUGCCGCUCAUGGCAACCGGUUCAAGAACGAUUACUCCCACUCGCCCACCUCCCCCGAUCUAUCGCCCAUCUCUACCACUUCUGCUCUCCUGACUCCGACUGACCUGAGUCCCGCCAAGACAUUCGACCAAAAGACUCUGCCGCCGUUCGACUUCAGCGGUAUGCACCGCCCGAGUGACAACAAUUCCUUGAUGUUCGAGACCGGGUAUAGAAUGCAAGAUGGUGGCAUGGGUCUUCAGAGCUCGUUCUACCCUCCGUCGCAGUCCUUCGGACCCGAAGCUGGAUACUCCCCGGCGUUCGAGCCAUUCUCGGACAACCCUUUCACUCACCCUUCGCGUGGACCGUCACUCUUUCCUUCGGCUGCUCCAGCUGAUCGCCGCCGUAUGGAGUCUGCGACGCUUCCUCCUCCGCUUUCGCCAUCUUCCUGGGCUCAGCAGCGGCGGCCCUCUUCGGAGUGGCUGAGAGCGGACGAGGGAGCGGACCGGGGUCUUGCUUUCAUCGGGGGCGAUGCCUUGUUCCGUUCCCCGCAGACGCAUUCGAUUUCUUCUCAUCGUUCGAGCUCCCAGGUUCACGAGCCUAUCAACUUCUUGUCGCUGUUGCACCCCUCUUCGACCCCGCCGUACGACUUGUUCGUUGGGCGCAUCAUCAAAUCCUCAGACCAGCAAGCCUCCAUCUUCCUGCAGCAGAAGCUCAAAGUCGCCGACGCCGAAGAGCGCGCUAAGAUCGUAGACGCUAUCUGUGCGAAAGGCUUUGAGAUGAUGGCUCACAGAUUUGGCAACUGGGCUGUGCAGCGGUGUCUUGAAGCUACCUCUAGUGUCGACGAGAGGCGUAAGAUCGUCACCUGUAUGCGGGGUCGCGUCGUUGACCUCGCGAUGAACUGCUACGGGUGCCAUGUCCUCCAGAAAGCGCUGGACUGCGAAGAGGAAGUUCGUUUGUUGAUCGUCUCUGAACUACUCCUUGGAGACCCAGCACAGACGCUGGUGAACAAGCACGCGUCGCACGUCUGGAGCAAGAUCAUGGAGCUCACGUGGACGACUCCUGCACCUCCCAUAUUUGCGUACGUUAACAAAUCCCUCAAAGGGAAGUGGGCGUCCUUGGCCUGCCAUGAGACGGGCUCUUUAGUAGUUCAGCACGCAUUCGAGAACCUUGAGGAAUCCGCGAAAGACGGCAUCGUCGAUGAACUGCUAAACCAAGGCCCUAACGUCUUCGGUGAGGUGGCAAAGAACCAAUGGGGUUCAUACUGCGUCCAGCACAUUCUCGAGCACGGCUCUCAGCGUCACCGGGACAUGGCUAUGAGCCAUAUCCUGGCCGGGUUGCUAGAGUAUGCUACGAGUGAGCAGGGGAUCAAAUCCAUCACCAAAGCUCUCAAGGAGGGCGGCAAAGAUACACUCGACAGAGUUAUCAGGAGAAUGUGUGAGCCGGCGAAGAGUGCGCGAAGGGCCAUGAUCGUUGACCUUGCCUUGUCACCUACUGGCAGUCAGCUCAUCGCUAGUGUUCUCCCGAAUGCGGACAAGGACCAGCGUGCACUAUUGUACGAAUCCAUUCGGGGACACAUAGUCACUCUCCGUGGCUGCAAGACCGGCUCCAAGGUCAUCUGGCUGUUUGACAGGAUGCGCGCAUAUUACGGCUACUAG